AUGCCUCCACCUACUCACCUCAUAUCUGGGAUUGGUGAUCCGCUCUUCGCAGCUAUUAUUGGUCUCGCCGCAGCAGGAACCAGGAUUAAUCGAGAAGAGAAGGCUCUCGGCCAUAGCAAUCAAGAGACCAUCGAUGCCGUCCGUCGGAGAAUUAGCCGUGCCAUCUUCUCUGAAUCAGCAACCGAAAUCAAAUCACAGGAAAGUCGAAACUGA